ACAAUCCUGGCAACACUUAAACAUAGAGAGAUACGAUAAAAACACGUGGAGGAUGGUGAGAUGUUAAGAUGGUUCGUAUCAAAAAUCGUUAUUUUGUAACAGAAAUAUCAACUUUAGAUAAAAUUUCUGAGACAACUUGUCUCCCUAUAAAUGGGAGAAAUAUUUUCGAAGCCGUUAAAGAAGUUCUUCAAAGGUUUCAUGGAGAUUAUGGACUUGGAAGUUGUAUUUACGGAAUGACUAUCAAAAUGUUUAAUCCUCUAACGAGACUUUUCAUAUUGAGAGUGCAUAGAGAAUGUCAUCCUUUCGUAGCUUCCACCUUACCUUUCGUGAAUAAAAUAAAUGGAUUAAAAGUAAAGUUGACAGUUUUACAUUUUGCAGGAACUAUCAGAUCGUGUUUGAAAUUCGUCAUUGUGUACGAUAUAAAGAAGUUAGAUGAACUUAUAAAAUUAUGUAACGACCAACAUUUAACGGAAGAAGCGAAGGUUAUUAUGAAAGAAUGUCAGAAACAAUUGACUGGAGACGAAGAUUUACAAGAAGAAACGUGAUUGUUUUGUCUAGAAACACUGAAAUGUUUAUCUUAUUAAUUCAUUUAAUAAUCGUUUAUAUGUAAAAAUAUCAUAGUACUAUUUGUUAAAUAAAAAUACAGAUGUUUA